AUGUCCACAUAUAGGGAAGAUAACGAGGAACCCCAACCUCGCGACUCGAUCAAAUAUUCAGGCAGCUUGGAUUCGUAUUCUCAGAACGACCUAACUCCUGUCAUUGGCACAGAAUAUGAAGGACUGCAAGUCGCAGACAUCCUAGAAUCGGACCAAUGCGACCGGCUGAUUAAAGACCUUGCUGUGACCGUAUCGAGGCGAGGAGUGGUCUUUCUGCGCGACCAACACUUGACACCACAGCAUAUGCAAGUAUUUGGAGAGAAAUUGAGUGCACUAGCAGGAUGCCCAGAAUCAUCGGGAAUGCACGUUCAUCCUUUGACUGAGAGCGGAAGUGAGCUUGGAGACCAAAUCAGUGUCAUUAGCAGCGAGAAGCAGAAGAAGGGCGGUGGUCUUACCCAUCAACUCAGCGACAAAAGCCGAUUUGCCUCGGUGGGAUGGCAUUCCGAUAUCAGCUUUGAACCUGUGCCCUCUGACUACGCUAUGCUCAAGAUCCACACUCUCCCGGAGACGGGAGGAGACACAUUAUGGGCAUCUGGAUACGAAGUGUACGACCGUCUGUCGCCGGAGAUGGCAGGAUUCUUAGAGGGCUUGACGGCAACACACGAAGCGAAAUUCUUUCACGACGAGGCACGGCGGUUGGGAAACCCGUUGCGAAAAGGAAUCCGUGGCUCGCCUCUCAACUAUGGCGAAGAGCUUGAGGCAGUACAUCCCGUUAUCAGAACUAACCCGGUAACCGGUUGGAAAUCCGUUUACGUGAACAGAGGAUUUACCAAGCGUAUUAACGGCGUGACCAAGGAUGAGUCGGAUCUAUUGCUACAGUAUUUGUUCAAUUUGGUCACUCAAAAUCACGACGCCCAGGUUCGUUUCAAGUGGAACCGGAAUGAUAUGGCAAUCUGGGAUAACCGUUCUACUUGGCAUUGCGCCACGUACGACUAUGUCGACGCCCGAGCUGGUGACAGAGUGUGCAGUCUGGGAGAGGCACCUUAUUUCGACCCUCAGUCAAAGUCUAGGAGACAUGCUCUGAGAGAGCUUUGA